CGCGCUCAUGAUGAAGCGGCCCCGGGAGCCGAGCGGCUCCGACAGCGAGUCCGACGGACCCAUCGACGUGGGCCGCGAAGGCGAGCUGAGCCAGAUGGCCCGGCCGCUGUCCACCCCCAGCCCUUCACAAAUGCAAGCCAGGAAGAAACGCAGAGGGAUCAUAGAGAAACGGCGCCGGGACCGCAUCAACAGCAGCCUUUCUGAACUGCGGCGCUUGGUCCCCACUGCCUUUGAGAAGCAGGGCUCCUCCAAGCUGGAGAAAGCCGAGGUCCUGCAGAUGACGGUAGAUCACUUGAAAAUGCUCCACGCCACUGGAGGCACAGGAUUCUUUGAUGCCCGAGCCCUGGCGGUCGACUUCCGGAGCAUCGGUUUUCGGGAGUGCCUCACCGAGGUCAUCAGGUACCUGGGGGUCCUGGAAGGACCCAGCAGCCGUGCAGACCCAGUGCGGAUCCGCCUUCUCUCCCACCUCAACAGCUAUGCAGCCGAGAUGGAGCCUUCACCCACGCCUGCCGGCCCCCUGGCCUUCCCUGCCUGGCCCUGGUCCUUCUUCCACAGCUGUCCCGGGCUCUCUGCCCCGAGCAACCAGCUCGCCAUCCUAGGAAGAGUGCCCGGCCCCAUGCUUCCCAAUGCCUCCUCUCUGGCUUACCCCAUCCCGGCCCUCCGAGCAGCCCCCUUGCGCAGAGCUGCUGGCGCCAUCCUGCCAGCCCGGAGGAAUUUGCUGCCCAGUCGAGGGGCAUCUUCAGCCCGGAGGGCCCGCCCCCUGGAGAGGCCAGCUGCCCCCCUGCCUACAGCCCCUGGUGGCAGGGCCAUCAGGAGCAGCCACGUGGCACCCCUUCUUCGGUCUCCUUCCCCUGUCCCCCCUGGUGUGGUGGUGUCUCCUGCUUAUGUGGCUGUUCCUGGCCCCAGACCUUCUUCCCCAGGGCCAGCUGGGAGGCCAGCAGGAGCUAUGCUCUGUCGCUCCUGGGUCUCCGAGAUCACUGAAGUCGGGGCUUUCUGAGCUGGCUUUGCUCCCAGGAAGGAGGAGAGUUCUUUUUCCAGGAGCUCUAAAAAUGGCGUUGCCUUUUCUGCUCUGCUUCCUGGACUGGUUAUGUAUGAAGGUGUCUUCUUCACCCAUCCAAGGAACCCUCCUCCUUUGGCUCAUUUCCCCUCCUCACUGCUUGUCCCAGCUUCUCCUGGAGCUGUUCUGAUCUCAGAGUAUGGGUCUCAUUUCUUCUCUGGACAGAGGAGUCCCAGGAGAGUCCCCCAAGAGCUGUGCCCAAACCCCUUUCCUGCCUGAGAACAAAUGGGGCAGUAGGCAUUAAUCUCAGGUCUGGGAACAACGCUUUAAAAGGCAUAAUGACCUAUGGCGUGCUGCUUCCCUAGAGAUCAGACCCCAGCCAGGCGCAGUGACUGCCUGGCUGCAGACUUCCCAGGCCCCUGGGCCGGGACAUAGUGUCUGUUUCACUUCCUGAGAUAGUAACCUCGCAGGGCCCACAAAGACGUCUCCUGGGAACCCUGUCUGCCCAGCCCACCUAUCUCCUCCCCCAUCCCAGUGACCCCCAGAACAGACCUGCUGUCCACCACGGCCGAGACUGGGGACUGGGAGCUCAGCAGGGCCGGCGCCUACGCUCUUCCCAGCUAACACCGCCCCCCCCCCAGGUGACCACCGUUCCCUGCACACAGCGGGAGGUCUCUGGGCUCCGUGACUGGUGUCCUCACCCCCAGGCCUCGGAUGGUGCCCUCAGACAGGAGCCAGGCUUGUGCAGCAGAGAGCCCGGCUCCCUGCCUCCCGCAUGCUCACCGUUCUGGCCUGUGGUCCCGUCGGAUACACAGCACAGAAGCCGCGUUCCCACGUGACGGCGCCCAGAGAGGAAUCCUCUUGGGAUUCAGCACCAGACGUUUGUGCUGCCUGCUUUGCAUCCGGCUCACGGAGCCCAGACGGCUGGGAUCGCCAAGGGCUGUCAGGCUGGACAAAAAUAGCUGUGAGGAGGGGCGAGAGGAAGGACAGUCAGAGGCGGCUCGGCCCUUCAAGGUCACGCAGUGGGCCGAGGGCCUCCGAGGGCCUGGGAUCCUCUUCACCUGGGAUUCCACGCGGCUGGCUUUGCCCAAAGGCCACUGCAUUCCCGAGUUCCCGCCUGCCACUUUCCCUCUAACGGAACAAAUGGCCCAGAGACCUUUCCCAGUGGGACAACAGAAACUGAACAAGAUGGGGAGGAUCAGAGCUGACACAGCCCACCUAGCGCUGCCAGAUGGUCGUUAAAACAAAGAAACACUGCUGUGCCUGUUGACAAAUACCUGCUUUCCCCGACUGCCUCCAGGUGCCCCCACCACGUGGCUUUUCCCCAGGACCCCGUGCUGGUUAACACCAGGCUGACCCAAGGCCUCGGGGCCCUCCCGCUGGCAAGUCAUUGGUGCUCACUGCACAGUUAUCAAAUGCUUCUAAUGUCACCCCUGGAAGAGUCUCCCACCCCUACCCUGUGAUGGAACUACCCUCCCCAGAGGCUGAGUUUGGGGAGACUGCAUGGGCUUAAAAAGAGUUUGCAAAAGCCCUGGGGAGAAAGGGCCCUUUCAGACAAGUGGGUAGGAGAGCAGAGAUCGUUUAAAUGACCCAGAAAGCUCUUUUGAGAAGGCGAAUUCCUCAAGGAGGGAUAAAGAACUAAAGGCAUUCUUUUACGCCUCAGUGUGAGGUGGUUGGAUCAGAUUCUGCUGUCUUCCACCUCUUUCUGCGUGGAGAGAGGCGUCAUUUCAGGGAGCGGUCCCUGGCCGGGGGUUGCUGACGCAGGGAGGGAGGGCUGUCAGCAGGUGCCCGGGAGUUGGGAGGGGCCACAGAGGGUGGUGGUGGAAGGCACAGGCCAGCGUCACCUUUCUUACAAGGGGCAGGCCCUCCUCCCCCCCCCCUUCCCUGGCACCCUCCUCCUCCCCGGCCACUGCAGGUGGCGGUUCACUGUGCCCCGGAAGUCAGGUCAGUGCUCCAGUCCUGCAGUUUGACCACCUCCUAGCCCAGGAAUCCAACAUCUGAUGGCAGGACAGUGGGAAACACAUUUUCACAUUUCAAAUACCCUGUUUCAAAAAAAUCAGUUGACACCAUUGAAUGAGGUAGGAAUGACCCAGAACCUUCGGCAUCUUAGUUUCCCUGGGGUUCAUUCUCCCUGAGAGAUUGUGGGGGAAAUGGUGACUAUGUGUAUUGGUUUCCGUGGCUGAGGGCACGUGUAUCUUUGUUUAUAUUCCCAAACCUUGCUGGUGCCCCUGACUCCCGCCCGUUGCGGUUGUCACACAUAAUCAAUAAAGUUUUUUUUAGUUUUUCUGAAAA